GGUUCUAUUUUACCGCUGCACCCAACAUGGAAGGAUAAGCAGAACACUCUAAAUGGAACAAACUUUGCCUGGUACCGUUUCAGCUGGAUCUUAAAGUAACGCCAGGCUGUGUGAUCAGAAGAACAGGAUGCUUUGUAAGCUGUGUUUGAGGCCUCAGCAUGGAUCAUUACUCCAUGCUGUGGCCAAGCAGAGCAUACACAAGCUAGCCUCCCUUCAGAACACCUCUUCACUUCCUCCCAAAAAGAUGCAGAGCUUGCUUUAUCCGUUCAGUGAGCUGGAGUCGUACCUGGACAGGUCUGUGGACAGGACACAGUUUCAGCUCUUCCAUCCAGGUUUGGAGGACAUGCUGCAGGCAGAGAAGCUCUUCUGCUCCUCACCGUCUCAUAAGAUUGAUUACUACACUUCUGUGGAGAGGAUGGACCACGCGCCUGACCUGAAGCAGCCAGAGGUGUGUUUCAUUGGCAGAAGCAACGUGGGCAAGUCGUCCCUCAUCAAAGCCUUAUUCUCCCUGACUCCAGAGGUGGAAGUGCGGGUCUCCAAAACCCCCGGUCACACAAAGAAGAUGAACUUCUUCCGGCUGGGCAAAGCCUUCACCAUCGUGGACAUGCCGGGCUACGGACACAGAGCGCCCAGAGACUUUGUGGAGAUGGUGGAGUCUUACCUGUACACCAGGAAAAACCUUGUGAGGACCUUCCUCUUGGUUGAUGGCAGCGUGGGUCUGCAGAAGGCUGACCUGAUAGCUCUGGAGAUGUGUGAGGAGCUCAGAAGUCCAUAUGUGAUGGUGAUGACCAAGAUUGACAAAUGCCGGCACGGAGUGCUGCUGACCAACCUCCUGAAGCUGCAGGACGUGGUCCGGACGCAGACCUCCAGCUGCUUCCCCCAGCCCUUUCUGAUCAGCUCCACCAGUUUGGGGGGCAUCUACCUCCUGAGAUGCUUCAUUGCCCACGUAACAGGAAGCAUCAGAUUGAGGGACACCUCCCAAAGCUGAGGGCAGGCCAGUGAGGCCUGGAAGGAGAAACUGGACUUGGCAGAGUUUUAUCUCAAGAUCUGCUCCCAUCAUCUCAUUUUUUAUGAAUGUACAGGGCUUUGUCCGUAGUUUUUAAGAGGUUGAAU